AUGCCACAGAAAAGGACCAGGAUCCCUCAAACUUUCCACAUCAACAAGUACUCGGCGAUCAAACUGGCGGCGGGAGGAGGAGGAUGGCAUCACCAUCCUCAAAGGUCGGAGCUUUCAGCCAGUUUCAUCGUGAGCCCCAACGAAGAAAUCGAGAUGCUUGUACAGUGGAAAGGAAUGAAUAUUGACCGUCACUUGAUUCCAUUGAACAAGGAGAAAUACGUGAUAAAGUUGUUGAAAAAAUGUCCCUGUAUUGGUAUCAAAUGCAGUGAGGCUUUCCCGCUGCAAAAUGUCGUGGUUCGGUGUCAGAUUAGUCUUGAGACUGCUGAAGAAUAUGAGCAAUGUUGUCAAAUGUUUGAGUUUGUAGGAAUUGGUGUCGGAGCUGAAACUGGAGCUGGAACUGGAACUGGAGUUGGAGUUGGAGGUUCGCGUGGUGAUGUUGCUUCAAUCAAUUAUGGGCAUUGUUCACAACCUGUUGCUCGGGAGAAUGGGGCAGACAAUGCACUAGUCUUGAGACCACGCACCGUUGUUCCUGCCACUCUUGCCGCUGCUGCUGCUGCUGCUACGGAUGAACACACCCAGACACAAUACUCAAAUGGAUUCGAUAUUGAAAGUCAGCUCGAGAGCUGUCAAACACAAGUACGUCAGCUUGCUUCUCAGGUGCAAAUGAUGCAAUCGCAAACGGGCCAGUUGCAAGCUAGCCAACUGCAAUGUGUUCCGUCUCAACCGAGCAACCAGUUUCUCCCAACUUCACUCCAGCCAAGUCAUUUUCAAUCUAGUCAGUUGCAAUCGGGACCAUCCCAUUCGAGCCAGUUUCCGCGUAGCCAAUUGCAAACGAGCCAAUUACAGUCAAGUCACAUCAUUCAAGGUGCUGACGCGUCUCAAGUAGGGGUUCAACCAUUCCAACAGCCGGCUGCCAUGCCAAUGAACAGAGCCUCCGCUCAUUCGACGCAACAACAACAACAACAAGGUCAGCAAAAAUCAUGUUCUUGCCAACAAGCACAAGUUGCCACGGGGACCCCCAUACACCAAGAAUACUUAUCUAGUCAACCUCAGCGUCAGCAUCUUCCUCCUCCUCCCCCUCCUCCAUCUUCGCACUUCCAUGCUCCAGUUUCACAAUCGCCUCAGACUCAAGCUGCCUCGGCUCUUCAGCAGCAACGCACACGCCAGGUGAAUAACCUCGAUGCACCUAUCCUGGAAGACACGCGAAAUGGUGAGUUCAAGUUAGACCUCGGUCCCUACGUGGUUAUGACUGAUAGUGAGUUGAGAGCCAAAAUCCGUGAGCGUUGCCAGCUGCAAGAAUUUAGAAAUUUCGUCAAGAGAAUCGAUCGUGUUUUUGAUAACUAUUGCGAAGGUGGUGGAUGA